AUGGUGAGGUUAUUGAAGGCAGUACAAGGAGGUGGCAGUAAGAUAACCAUUGAUUUUCCUAUCUAUCAUGGCAAGAUGGAUAGUGAAGAGGUAUUGGGGUGGAUUGAUGCCCUAGAAAACUACUUUGAGUAUGAAGAUAUGAAUGAGGAUAAGAAGGUGAAGUUUGCCAAGACAAAGUUAAGAGGUACUUCUCUAACAUGGUGGAGUAGUGUGCAGACAGAGAGAGUAGAAAGAGGGAUGACUAAGAUCACCACAUGGAAUAGGAUGAAGGCCAUGAUGAAGGAUCAAUUCCUUCCAUCUGAUUAUGCUAUUCAGACAAAGAGGUUGAGACAAAAUUUGAAACAAAAAGACAUGGAUGUGAUGACCUACACUAAGAAAUUCCACAAGUUGAGUAUAAGAGGUGGAUUGGAAGAUGAGGAUGAGAAGGUUUCAAGAUAUCUUAAUGGGCUUGGAUACACCUUGCAAGAUGAGAUUGGUUUGAGUAUACCAAAGACACUUGGGGAGUGUUUUCAAUUGGCUAUAAGGGUUGAAGAAAAGAGAGGUGGAUACAAAGGUGGAGGCAGAUUUGGAUCAGGUAGAGGAUCAGGAGUCUUCACGGGAAGGUGUUUCACAUGCAAUGAAGUUGGGCACACUUUCUUCAAGUGUCCAAUGAAUGAACAAGGUGGCAAGAAGACUAAGAAAAGAGUUCAGUUGGCCCAAGGGGAAGAACAACCAGCAGAAGAGAAGGUUGGUAUUGCUGCUCCAGAACUUGAGGGUUCUUUUGAUAACUUGGUUUCUCAAGAGAUGGUUGACAAGUUGAAUUUAGUAAGAAUACCACAUAAUAGACCCUACAAGGCCACUUGGGUAACAGACGAACAAAAUAUAGUAGUCCAAGAGCAAGCAUAUGUAGAGUUUACCAUUGGUGAUUAUCACGAUAGGGUAUUGUGUGACAUUAUUCCUAUGACAUGUUGUCAUGUACUCUUGGGAAGGCCUUGGCAAUAUCAGAGAAGGACAUUGCAUGAUGGGUUCUUGAACACAUAUGUUGUUCACAAAGAUGGUAAGAAAUUUACACUAAAUCCUUUAAAGAAUAAUCAGAUCUUUGAAUCCAGUGUAAUAUGCUUUGGUAGGAAGGAGUAUGUGAGUAUGCAGGUUCCUAAUGUGAAGGGAACACAAGGCAGUGAUCAAGGGUGUGGAAAGAAGUCAGAAAGACAACAACAUUCUGUUACUGACAGCAAAAGGAAGGUGCAGACUAGUGUGAUGGUAGGGACUAUUGAGUGCCCUCUAUGUGUGUAG